AGGUGUACCAAUGGAAAAGACAGAUGACCAGAACUGCCAGGAUAGACAUGAAGAGAACAACCCAAAGAGUUCCCCAUUUGACUUUGUUAUAAAACAGUUCCAAGGAAAGAAGUGUGCUCCUGAAAAAAGGCAAGAGCAGCCUUCAGCCAUCAAACAGUUCUUCAAAGGUUUUGACUUUGGGAAAUCUGAAGGCAAGGACAGAAGGGAAAUUGAAGAAACAGAAAUAAGCAAUGAUGGAGCUGAUGAUCCGAGUGAAGAGGAAGAUCUCUCUGUAGAAGAUGGACUUUCACAUCUCACUUCUGAAGCAGAGUCAUCAUCUGGUGAGCAGAGAUUUAACCAGUUCAUGGAGAAACUGGGAAAGAAACCCAGCAGCAAGAAUCUGGAUCUAAAUAAUUGUGCACUAAGUGCAGCAGAUAUAACAGAGUUGGCUUCUUUACUGCCGUUUCUCCCAGAGCUGGAAGAGAUCAGCCUGUCCUGGAAUGGCUGUGUUGGAGGAACUUUGAAAGCUCUCACUGCCCAUCUUCAUCACGUGAACCUGUUAAAAAUCCUCCGACUUAACAACUGCAGGCUGACAGCUGAGGAUGUCAUCUCCUUAGGAGAGGCAUUUGAAAUUGUUUCUCAGCUUGAAGAACUGGAUUUAUCAUGGAACAGUAACAUAGGUGGAAAACUAUCACUGCUGACAAAAAAACUUCAGGAAGGAUGCAAAUUAAAAUGUCUGAAAAUUACAGACUGUAACCUGACGGCAAAGGAUGGAGAAUCCCUUGCUGAACUUCUAAAUGUGAUCCCAAACCUUGAAAUAUUAGAUAUCUCUAUCAACAAAAACAUUGGAUGCAGCAUGAAGGUUAUUGCUCAGGAUCUGAAAAACGUGCCAGGCUUGAAAGAGUUAAACUUGCACAUGUGUGGAUUAAAGCAAGACAGCCUCCAGGGCUUAGACACUGCUUUGCAGCACCUUGCAGAGCUAAGGAAAUUAGACAUCUCGUGUAACAGAGAGAUUGGUGGUGGCUUUAAAGCAUCAACAGCUCAUUUGGCCAGCUUGAAAAAUCUGGAAGUCCUUGAUCUUCACCAGUGCUGUGUCACAGAAGAGGACAUGACUGUUUUGUCCCAGGUGAUACCUUUACUCUCCAAUCUUCAGGAGCUGGAUUUAUCCUCAAAUAAAAAUGUAGGACUCUCAUCAGAUCCUCUUCUGAGCAAGCUCAGGUUUUUACCAAAGCUGAGAUCUGUGACCGUCAGCAAUUGUGGCUUAGGUGAAGAGUCCCUUUCAUCACUAGCUGAGGCUGCCCUUCACCUUCCUGAACUGGAGAUAUUAGACCUUUCUUGGAAUAAGUGCGUUGGUGGGAACCUAAAGCUGCUUUUGGGAGCACUAAAGCUUGCAACGGAGAUUCAAGUGUUAAGACUGAGCAGCUGUAACCUGGUGGCUGAAGAUUUGGCACUUCUCACAUCCCUGAGGCAAGAUGGCCAUUUAGCCAGAUUGCAGAAGCUGGAUUUGAGUUAUAACAACAACAUCUCUGACGAAGGCUGGGCUGUUUUCUGCCAAGGUUUAGGAGCAUUCAAGGAACUCUCAGAGCUGGAUGUGAGCCUCCGGCCAUCGUCCUGCCGGGACUGUGGGCCAUGGUUUGGGGAGUUGUUGGCAGCACUGACACAGCUGCCAGCCCUGGCAGAGCUGGCCAUGCAAAGAUGGGCCCUUUCAGAGUCCCAGAGGAAGCAAAUGGAAGGCUUUAAUCAAGACAACAAAAGAAACAUUCGUUUUGACUGUUGA